UUGAUAUAUCUGUAGUCGUAUAUCGCGUACCCUGCCGAGUAAUAAGGUUAAUUAAGAAAUACUUUUAUAACGUAAAGAAAAGUCAUGGGCAAACUAACUGUGUUUCUUUGUGCAGUUUUUAUGCUUCAACUGAUUGGUGUUGUUCCAUCUGUAAAUUUCCCUGUAACAGUUUCUGCGCAGAACAACUUGCAAUGUUUCGACUGCGAGUCGCCCAAUUCAGUGGAAUGCGAAAAUACAGAUGCAAACCCCGGGGUAAAGGUAACCAACUGCGACGUGAAGUACAACGACAGGAACGCCAAUGCAACGCUGCUGUGUGUGUCUGCAUAUCUCAAAGUUACAGGAGUUGACGCAGGUCAGACCGGAGUUUAUAGGGAUUGCAGAGUCCAAUACGCAAAUGUGGAGAACUUCUGCGACUGGUUUAUGGAGAACAACACCACGCCCAAUGUUACCAUCGCUUCCUGCAGAAGUUGCAAUACGACGAGAUGCAAUAAUCACCUGUUUAACGCUGACGGGUCCGUCAAUGGAUCCCAGAUGACCAGCGCGGCGCUGGCUUUUGUAAUUCUAGUUUUCACGUUCACAGUAACCAUAUAAUCUCGCUUGUGAAUACGGAAAGUAAUACUCGCUUAAAUAUUCAUUUUGAUCUAUCAAAUAUAACUUACGUUUCUAGUUUGGUAUUGAAAUACAAAAAAAUACUUUCACUACUAAAAUAUAAACGAAAGAUAAGAUAUCCCCAUGACAAUAUUUAUUAUAAUUUUCACCAAGCAGUGUACCAAUGAAUCAAUAGAUAAAGUACAGUUUAUGUUCGAAGCCAUAUAUCAUCGCAUCUAGCAAUUGCCAAGUAAUUCAAUUAAAAUG